GGCCCGGGAGACAUCGAACGCGGGGUGAGCCAUUUCGAUUUGGGCAUACGAAUCUGCUGCUGAGAAACUUAUUUUCGAAAGAUUUCGAAUGAUGUCCCAGCCAGGCUGGAAGAAGACAAGGAGAAGGCGACUGUCAUCUCUGGUGAUACUUCCUUUAGAAUAUGCCACCUUGAAUUUUCUUCAAGGAGAUGAGGAUGACUCACUAUCAAAAACGCCGGUGUCUUCGGGACUGCAGAGCCUCUGGGAUAAGCUUUUCUCAGCUGAUAGCUCCAAACAACAGUUGGCCUGCUUGAAAGAGAUAAACAAGUAUGUUCUCCAAGAUGACACAGCUCUGAGCGAAGGCGAGCGAGACGCCCUUCAAAAGGCACUGGCAUGGCUCCUGCUCAACCCCGACUCCUCGCAACAAGUGCGCAGUGUCAUCAUCAAGAUCCAGGCGUCUCUGGGCGACCAUUGUCCGCCUCUGGAGGCCGGGCUGCGCGCUCAGCUGGCGGCGCCGGCGCCCGCCACGCCGGCCACCCUGCAGCUGCUGGAGUUCCUCUCCGACCACCCGCUCGGCCGCCGCCUGCUGCUGGACAGCCUGCCGCAGCUGAUGCUGUUCUUCAAGGAGGAGCUCGGCUUCCACUGCCAGACCAUGUGCGCCAUGGUGUCUCCGGUGGAGCUGGCUGCGGCCGCCGGUCCCGGGCAGCGGGCCGUCCGACUGCUGAUGGUCACCCUUCAGGUUCUACAGCCACUGUCGCCCGAGUACGAUCUGGAGACGGUGCGGGCGGCGCGCGACUCACUGGAGCGGCUCCUCACACUGCCGGCGCUGCCCUGGGACCUGCGAGGGAACUGCGGCAUGGCCUACGUACUGCUCUGUCUGAUCGGAGGCGACAGAGACCUACACGCCACGGUGUUGAACGCGGCGUUUCCGUCUGCGGAGCUGUGCGGCUCGGACGCUGGUCCGGUGCCGCUGGCCGACUGGCCGCUGGCUGCCCAGCUGGCCCUGCUGGCCGGCUGCGUGCACGCGCUGCCCUCUGACCAGCUGCUGCUGCCGGCUGGCGGCGGCGGGGCGCUGCUCAGCCUGCUGCUCGGCUGGCUCCUGCACACCGGCAUGAGUGUCUCGGACACGGCCACCCUACUCGGUUUCUCCCGCGGCGUGCUCUCCGCCCUGGGCCGCAUCACCGAGGCGUGUCGCGGCGCGCUGGCCUCCCCCGGCCCACCGGACCCCUCGGCACCCCUCCCGGGACCGUCCUCGGCCUCUGCCGAGCUCUCCUCAGCCGUGGGCGACUCUCCGUCCGGCACGGACGCGUCGCCCACCUUCCCGGACCUGACACCGGACGGUCCGGCCGACCCGCCGGACGGUCCGGCCGGCUCGCCCGCCUCGCUGGCCUCGCUGCUGCCCGAGGUGCUGGUCGAGGACCUGCUGCAGUUUGUGUGGCGACUGAUGGCCGAUGACGCCCAGUCGGUGCGGAGUGUGGCGGGAGAUAUGCUCUCUGCGCUGGUGGCGCUGUUUGCAGGCUUCCCGGACGGUCCGUUUCUGCGUGAGCUGACCACCAGUGUGCUGGCACUACCGCUGCACCUGCGCCGCCGGUGCCGCGCGCUCCGCUGCCUGCUGCCGGCGCUGGGCGUCACCCGACUGCUGGCCGCCUGUCCGGCGCUGCCCAGACAGCUGGUGGGCGUCAUCGGCGACCCGGCCGUCAGCACGCACGCGGUGGAGCUGUACUGCGUGCUGCUCUCGGAGCACCGGCGCGCCGCCGACCCCGACACCUGGCUCUCGGUGUGGGUGGAGCCGCUGUUCGAGUCGGACGCCGUGCCGCCGCCGGCGCUGGCCCAGAUCACCGGACGGAUCGCCCAGCUGGCGCCCGGCUCGGCGGCCUACGUGACCCAGCGGGUGGCCUGCCGGCGCCGGCUGCCGCGCCACCUGUGGCUGGUACUGCUCACCGCUGUGCAGGCCGCGCACAGACAGGGAGCGGCGGGCGAGAACUGGAGGGACGCGCUGCCGGUCGCCCGGCUCCGAGAGGCGCUCCAGCACAGAGAUGAUCAGGUGCGGAUCGCAGCCCUCACCGUACUCGCCGACAGCAAGAAGACCUCCGAGCUGUUCGAGCCCGUUGAGCUGCGGCUCAUCGUGCGCUUCGUGGCCGCUAAUCUGGCCAAUCAGACGCCGGCGUUUCGCCAGCAGCUGCUAGCGCUCAUGAAAAAGAUUCUGGUGCGUCUCUCUGACGGCACGGCGGCACUGCUGAGGCAGGUUGGCGGCGCCGAACGGCGAGCCUCCAUCGGGGCCGCCUCGCCCGCCCCCGCCCCCGCCCCCGCCCCCGCCCCCGCCGCCGAGCCUUCAGAGGGCCCCACCGCGCCCCCCGCCACCGCCGCGUCGCCCUCUUCACCGACUGCCGGCGGGCCGGCGGCGGCUCCCACUGAACUACCGGCCCUGGAGCGGCUGCAGCACUACCAGUCGUGCCUGCGGCGGCUCUUCAAACUGCCCUUCACCGGCCUGUUCCCCGGAGCCAACUUUCCGCGGCGCACGACCUGUCUGCAUCUACUGACCCUGGUGGAUGAGCUGUUCGGCGGACAUGACAGACCGGUGAUGACCACCGCCGGCUGGUGGGGUCCCGACCAGAUGUUCGCCCUCCUCUACUGCCUCACCGACUGCUACGAGAACAACAAGGAGCUGGCGCUGCAGCUGCUCUGCUCUCACGACCUCACCGUGCUGAACCUUCAGCCAGAGGACCUGGACGGCCUGCUCAGCUCGGCCCUCUCUCUGGCCAGUAGUGCUCGGCCACCAGACUCCCAGACCGCCGCCUACCUGCUGAGGGCGUUCGUACGUCUGCCGGGGGCAGCCGACGCCCUGAGGCGGAAACUGGCCGAGCAGCAGAGGGAGUCGCCGCGGAGAGACUCACAAAGUGAUGCCAUCAUCUGCCCGGAGCGAUCAAAUUCGAUCAGCUCGACUGAUGAGAAGGAAGUCACCAACCCUGCUAACACCACUCCGGCGAGCACCGAUGUUGGCGAAACUCCAGCUUCGAACAGCGAGACGGUGGCGCCUGCCGAGACUGAAGCGCCUAUCGAGCCUGUAGCGUCUGACGCAGAUGUUCGGUCAGACAGCGAACCACGAGACACACCCAGCUCUGGAGAAGCGGGCGCUGACGAGCCGGCCCGGCUGCUGCUGCGGCUGCUGCUGAGCCGACUGGAGUCGGAGCUGGCGCUGGCAGAGUCAGCGCUGACUGCGGCGGCAGCCACGGCGCCCAUGCAUGGCCUGCUGCUGUGUGUCAGACUGCUGUUGACGGCGGAACAGGGGGCCGGCGCCAACGGAACGUCUGUACCGAGCUGGCGCGGUCUUGGCGGCCGGCUGGUGUCGCUCUGCCGGCGCGCCUCGGCCGUCGUCCUUCCCGUCGUCAGCAGCUCCUCCCCCGAGGGACACCUGCCCAUGGACCUGCAGUCGGAGGUCGUACUGAAGGUGGACGCGGCACUGAGUCGCGCGCUGGCCCCCGCACCAGUGCCCGCCGAGCCGGGCAAGACGCGUGCCGUUACCUCGCAGAUGUUACUCGUCUGCUGCUGGCGAACAAUGAAGGAGCUGUGUCUACUUCUGGGCGACGUUGGCCAGCGUAUGCCGGUCUCCGCGCCGGGCACCGGCCCCCCAACGGCCGGCGGUCAGCUGACACCCCAGCAGCUGCUGGCCAUUGGUCGGCACUUUAUGUCGCUGCUAGCUGAGACCAAACACCGCGGGGCCUUCGAGCAGGCGCACGUCGGCUUCAGUCGGGUGUGUGCCACUCUCUGGAGGUCGCCGCUGCCGGAACUGAAUCAAAUGCCUGCCCGCUGGCUGGACGAGGUCAUUGCUGACAUCCGAGGGGAGGGGCGACAGACGCUCUGCUCCACGCGGCGCAGCGCCGGACUACCCUUCCUCAUGCAGGCGCUGCUGACCUCAGAGCCAUCUGUGAUCGGCUCGGCAUACUUCAGCCGCGCCAUGGUGUCUCUGCUGUCGGCGGCUGAGGCCGGCGGGAAGACGGCGGUACACGCCAUGAACGUGCUGCGCGCUCUGUUCCGAGACGCCCGUCUCGGUGACAGCGUGGGCGUGCACGUGACGGCCGGAAUCAAGGCGGCCAUCACCGGCUUUAAAGCUCCCACGUCGUCGGAGCGGAACUCUGCCUCCCUGCUGUUCUCGGCGCUGGUGACGCGCGUGUUCGGCGUACAGCGCAGUCGCGACACGCUGGCCAAGAAGAACUGUAUGACGGGCCGGCUGUUCUUCCUGCGCCACCCGGAGCUGUACACCUUCCUGCUGGAGGAGAUGGCGCGGGCGCGCGAGCCGUUCCCCGUGCUGCUGCUGCUGGCCCGGCUGUACCCGUCACCGGUGGAAGGCGCCGACUCACAGUACCCGCUGCGCGCGUUCCUGCCCUCCCUGGAGCGGGCGGCUGCCUCACCGGUACUGCAGGCGCGAAAACUGGCGGCACGUGCCAUCUGCUCGCUGGUGCCCUACUCGGGAUACCCGGAGGCCACGCUGGCUCUCCUGGACAGUAUUGAACGAGACGGCACACAGCGGCAGAACCAGCUGCAUGGGAGGCUGCUGCAGGUCCAACACAUGCUGCGCCACUGCGUCCUGGAAACAUCCAUGUACACGGCACCGGACCUGCUGCGCUGGCGGCCGGUGGCCGACCGCGCGCUCCUGCUGGCCAGUCUGUUCGGACCCCAGAACCCGUGCGCCGUCACUGCCGCGGCCGCUGCUGACGCACUGGCCGCCGCCGUCAGACUAGGAACUCUACUCUCAGCUCCGCCGCCACCGCCGGCAGUGGUUGCCGCUGCCAGCGAGCUACUAACGCGUCCAUCAGCGGGGCUGUAUGGCACGGAGACCGCCCGCGUGGCGGCCGUGGGUCUCCUCUGGACGCUGGGUGCCGAACGGGGUGUAGACGUAGCCCGGCUGGACGGAUACGACGCUCUACAACGUCACCUACAGCUACUGAAGGAGAAACUGGUCCUGGAGGCAGGUGGAGGCGAGCCGACCACCCCGCCUAGCAGGCUGAGCCCAGUGACUCGGCCGGCGCCCGUACCGGACCUAGGCGUGCAGCCGGAGCGGCCCCCACAGCCGGAGGAGACUGCUGGAUCGAGCGGAGCCGGGGAGGACGAGUGGCUAGAGGAGACGGCGGCAGCGCUCCUCCGGCGGCUGGCGGACACAUCGCGUCCCCUUCCGGCUCCCUGUCUGCAGACAGUGCUGGGAGUGCUGACGAGGAUGAACGGAGCCGCCGCAGUCUGGGAUAGCACAGUUCUACAGGUGGUACGACGACUGGCUGUAGUCACUGCCGCGACAGACGCCGAGCAGAAGCCGAAGAAGGAUGAUCCGGAUGCAAAAAUUGAGAAGGAAGUUGUGUUGGAGAAGGAUAGAGUUACGGUAACAGUGGAGAAGACGGUAACUGAGGCUGUGACGGCUGAGCUUAACAACACUCAGGUGACUACGAACGCUCAGGGAACCGUAUCAAACGAAUCAUCAGCAGCGAAGGACACAGAUCUGGGUCCGCCCACUCCCGAGGUCUCCGCACUAUGCCGCGCGGCUGCGUCUCACGAGCACGUGCGGGCCGACCUGGUGCGUCUGGCGGCCGGUGUGUUGGACCGCCUCAGUCCGCAGAUACUGGACGAGAGUGUGGUGCCGGCUGGUUCGGCGGUGCUGGACGACUGGUGCCGACUGGUGCAGCGCUGCUGCUCCGUGGAUGGCACCGUGACGCUGCGACAGGCCGCCUGCCACGCCACCGCCUCGGCGCUGCUCUGGCCCACCAGGCAACUGUCGGUGGGCCAGGAGAUGACCCUCUGGCGCUGUCUGAUGACGCUUCUCGCUGAUGACGAGGCCGACGUGCGGGACGCCGCUGCCGAGGUGGUAGACGCUCUGGAUACAGACGAGGAGUGGCACGUCGCUCACGACCAGGAUAGCUGGGAGGAGGAGAUCGACAGCGUCCUGCACCGCGCGGUGGCCGUAUUCUGCGCGAGGAUGGCGCCACGGGACCUGAAGCUCACCGUGCUCACCCUGCUACACUGGAUCUUCACGGACGACGAUGGUGGACAGCUGGGUCGGGCGCAGGAGGACGAAGAGCGCGUGUUCGACAAGGGCGAGAUGAACAUUUUCUCCGAGGACGUUCUACUGGCGCGCGCGGCCACCGGCGCGCUGCUCUCGCUGGUUCCGGAGCUGCCCGAGCAGCCGCUGCUGCUGUCUGUGCGGCAGCUGGAGCCGCUGCCGCUGGUCAGACAGCUGCCGGCAGACUACCAGCUGGAGCUGUCUGACCUGCUGCGCCAGGCGGCGCGCCAGGCGGAGUCGGCGCUGCGCCGUCUGUCGCCCGGGCCGCAGGGCGUCGCCCAGCGCGGCCGUGCGCUGCUCUGUCUGCGAGCGUUCCGCCGACUCCGGCUUACCGCCGGUCUGCGAGAGUUCUACAUGGAGCCCGAGGUGGACGAACUGUGGCAGAAGAGUGUGGUGCUCGCCCAGAGCGAGCUCUGCUUCCGUCCGCUGUGGAGGGAGGUGCUCGACUCCUGAUGGACCCAGAGCACCGGCCGGCGAGCAGCUCACACGGUACCGUCCUGCGGGGUGGGUGGCUGUCUGCCGCAGUGAGCCGCGUGCAGAUGCUACUGGCGUAGUUUCAACACCGGCUAGCCGCUUUUGUCACAUCUCGUCUGAUUAUAGCCAGAGUGAGAAGAUCUUAUGCCGCGGAGUGCGCUGGACUGAUAGGAUAGUGCAGGGCGUGUGGCCUUUGCUGUGGAGGAUGCCAGGCUGUAGUUGCCCGAUUUGCAAUGUCAUGGUGGCUUUACACGGUGGGUUUGCGCACUCUGCUAUAUGCUUGCCAGCUACAAGUGAGAAACUAGGUCCACGUCUUUCGAAUUCAUCUGUUAUUUGUUAAAUAGUAACAUCCGACGUUACCCUGGGAGUAAACAUGAUAUUUUAUUUUUUUAGAACAAAACCAACUGCGCAGCUUCUG